AUGGAGAAAGAGGUGGUUUCAGGCAAAGAAAGCAAGAGUCAAAACUUAGGGACUGAUGUCAUUUUACUGACUGGAGUAGCUCGAGUAAGAGACUCGGUUCAAAACGUCUGGAAAGACGUGGAAGUCUUACUUGAUACAGGCGCUGAUCAAUCCUUUAUUAGUCAAGGACUAGCCGAUGAACUUGGGCUUGUAUGCAAGGCGCAAAAGACAUUUGUUAUGUACACCUUUGGUACAGAAACUCCCAGGCAAACCACAUGUGGAGAGACCAUGUUGGACCUGUGGGACCAUGAAGGUGAUAAGCACGAAUUGCGCAUUUAUACCACGCCAGUUCUAACUGCAAAAAGUAAAACGGCGCAACUGUGUUCAGUAGAUCUAGAAUACAUUGCUCGGCACAAGAUUUUCUUGUCAAGAGAUAAGUGCGAAAGCUCGUUGAAGCCACAGAUUCUUUUGGGUUGUGACCAACUGUGGAAUUUCUUAGAUGUGCCUCAUCCCCGUCACACCUUACCUUCCGGACUGCAACUUGUUCCAUCUAAAUUGGGAUACUUGCUCACGGGACAACAAAUGAGAGCACCACAAGAAGAACAAGGGAAUAUGACUGAUAGAGUUGAAGCAACCUUGAUCAACUCCUUCACUAAUUUCGACGAAGAGCUGGAACGAUGGGACAAAUAUUGGACCAUGGAUUCAGCUGGUGUGUGCGAAUUCACAGGAACAAAGAAUGCCGAAAAGGAUGCCACAAAUGCGAAGGUCGCCAAGUUUUUCGAAGAGACGAUCGAGAAGCGCGAGGAUGGUUAUUAUAUCCGUUUCCCUUAUAAGGAAAAUCACCCUCCGCUGCCAACCAAUAAAGCAAUUGCGCUCAAGCGUUUGAAGACAGUCUUGAAGACACUACGAAGAACUCCGGAACUACUAAAUGACUACGAUAAGACCUUCCAUGCGCAGCAAGAAAUCGGGGUUAUCGAAGAAGUUAACCCCUCCCACACUGAUGGCGCUAUCGUCCACUACAUACCUCAUCAGCCAGUGAUCACGCCACAAAAGGAGACCACUAAAUUGCGCAUUGUAUUCGACGCCUCAGCUCAUUUCAAAGAUAGCCCUUCUUUGAAUGACGUCCUUCAUCAAGGACCCCUCAUCCUUCCAGAAUUGUAUGCCAUGUUGCUGCGCUUUAGGAACCCCAAGUACGUAAUCAUCUCUGACGUUGAAAAAGCUUUCUUGCAAGUGCGCUUACAUGAAGCUGACAGAGAUGCUACGCGAUUCUUAUGGGUUCGCGAUAUAAACGAGCCGUUUGGCAUACACAAUGUAGCAACGUUUCGAUUUACUCGAGUAACAUUUGGACUAAAUGUAUCUCCAUACCUGCUUGGGGCAACUAUUAAUCACCAUCUGCGAAGCGCUAUGCAGAACGAGGAGCUUGCGAAUGAAAUACGAGAGAAUUUGUAUGUCGAUAACCUUAUUCUCUCUGCCGCAACACCUUCUGAGGCCGCUAGAAAGUCCUUAGAAGCGCGAAAAAUCUUUGAAGAGAUGGGUAUGAACUUGAGGGAAUUCCUGUCCAAUGAUGAGACCCUGCGUCAGCAAUUACCAGAGAACGCAUACGCAAAAUCACUGGUGCAAAAGGUGCUCGGAAUCACUUGGAACUCAGAAACGGAUAGCUUAGAAGUUCGGUGUUCCUUGACUGUAAGUGAUCCCAUUACGAAGCGUAGCGUUGCGCGCCAGAUAGCAUCCAUAUACGAUCCCAUGGGAUGGCUUGUCCCAUUACUCAUGCCGGCGAAGAAAUUUCAGCAAGACCUUUGGAGGGAAGAGUUUGAUUGGGACACAAAAUUGCCACCGGAAGUCGCCAGCCGAUGGAUCGACAUUCUUGAAAACAUCAAUGGUUUUCAAAAAUCUCUUCCAAGGCGCUAUUGUACCGACUUGUCGGAACUGUCUCUUGCAGUUUUUGCGGACGCAAGCGAAGUAGCCAUUGCCGCUUGCGCAUAUCUCUUUUCCGAGUGUAAUUCUUCGUUGAUGAUAGCAAAAAGUAAGCUGCCAUCAAUAAAAACGAAGACUACUAUGCCGAAAUUAGAAAUGAAUGCGCUUACUUUAGCGACGCGCCUAGCCUUCUCAGCUGCCCAAGCGCUUAAACUACAUGAACUUGAACGUGCCACUACCAUCUACAUUUUUUCUGACUCACAAAUAGUCCUUAGUUGGCUAUCUUCAAUCCGUCGUGCAAAUCUGGGAGUACUAGUAGAAAACAGAUUACGCGAAAUACGCAGAAUCGUAUGCCAGCUAGAAGAUAGUGCAAUGACCGUUGUUUUCGGCUAUGUUAACACUUUGGAGAACCCCGCGGAUGCAGGAACUAGAGGACUUACUAAGGAGCAAAUCACUACGCAUAGCUGGUGGAGUGGCCCACCAUUUUUGCGCACCCCAGUGCAGCAUUGGACCACCACCUUUUACCCCUUGAAACUUAGUGAUACACCCGCAUUUGCGGAAUUUGACAGUGAAGAAUCUACAAAUAUAAACGUCGUUAACGGAAGAGACGUGGACAUCGAAGACCUUCUUGAAUGA